AACUCUUAAAUUAAAUCUUGUAAUUUGUCGAUAGUCCCUUAGCGCAGUUCAUCACUCCACCGCUAGUGGCCGCUGUUGGUUGAGUCUGCGCUCCGGAUUUUUCUGUUCCCAGUCCUUAAACUGAAGGCCCGUAAACAUCUGACAACAUGCCGCCACCGCGCCUCUCCUCCUCGCGUUUACACCCGAACAACGCGAUUCUCAUGCAAGCAACAGACUCUUGGAUUUAUUAAACACCACUGGGGCGUUCAAGUGCGUCGUUGUAUGUAAUUCAAUCAUGUUUAUCGAAUAUUGAGACGCGUAACGCGGUCGAGACGCACAAAGAGAGAUUAUGGAGUGAACGCGCGACGCACGGCCGCGAUAAUCAUUAUUUUACUAACAAUAAUAAAUCAUAUUAUGGCGUCUGUGAUCCAGGCGUGUCGUAGUUUGGCUCUGUCCACCUGGCUGCUGUCCUUCUGUUUCGUGCAUCUGCUGUGUUUGGACUUCACGGUGGCGGAGAAAGAGGAAUGGUACACGGCGUUCGUCAACAUAACGUAUGUGGAUCCGGACACGGCCAAGGUCCGGACGGAGAAAACGGAGUGCGGCCGUUAUGGGGAGCACUCGCUCAAACGCGAGGCCAGGGGCGUGUUGGUGAUGCCCGCCUCAACGCAGGACAGACAUGCGUGUGACCCCAACACCAGAUUCACGCCGCGCGGACACGGCGCGUGGAUCGCGCUCAUCGGCACGGGAAACUGCACAUUUAAAGAAAAAAUCAGACAUGCCAUGGGACACAACGCAUCAGCCGUGGUCAUCUUCAGCGUGGGGUCUCCCAACCCUAAUGAGACCAUUACCAUGCCGCAUCCAGACACUGGUGAUGUGGUCGCCAUCAUGAUUCCUGAACCAAAGGGUCGUGAGUUGGUGGUUCUGCUGGAGAGGAACAUCACCAUUCACAUGCACAUCACCAUAGGAACACGGAACCUCCAGAAAUACGUCAGCCGCACCUCUGUGGUCUUCGUCUCCAUCUCCUUCAUCAUCCUCAUGAUCAUCUCUCUGGCCUGGCUCGUAUUUUACUACAUCCAGCGGUUCAGAUAUGCCAACGCCAGGGACCGCAACCAGAGGAGAUUGGGGGAUGCAGCCAAAAAAGCCAUCAGCCAGUUACAAGUGCGAACCAUCAGGAAAGGCGAUCAGGAAACGGAGAGUGAUUUUGAUAACUGUGCCGUGUGUAUCGAGGGCUAUAAACAAAAUGAUGUAGUAAGAAUCUUACCCUGCAGGCAUCUCUUUCAUAAAGGCUGUGUUGACCCAUGGUUGGUGGACCAUCGUACGUGUCCCAUGUGCAAAAUGAACAUCCUCAAAGCUCUAGGCCUUACGUCAAGUGCAGAGUGUUUGAAUGAACUUCCUCUGGACUACGAGCUCGCUGUGGGGGGCGUGGCUCUCAACGCCAUGGUGAUGAGCAAUGAUGUCAUGCCCGGGGAUGUCGCCGGGGGGCGGGACCCUGGUGUCAGGAUGGUGGGUCUCCCUCAGGUCCUCCUGGACUCAGAGCCGUUGUCCCAGGACACCAUGCCAACUGAACAAAGUGAGCUACAGCCGAUAGCCAGUGGCAGUUCAGAGGGGUCGCUCGCUACAGGGGCGGGGCAUUCGGACAUUGACACGCCCUCUGAAGAGAACAAGUGCUGAACCAGCUACACCCACUUGUGCUAUGUAUCUGUAGUUUGGGUUGCCCAUGUCAUCCGGAGCAGGUGGCAACGGGCUUUAAUCUCAGUGGAAUUUCGGCCAGUAACUCUCAAUAUACAUAACUCAUUGCCCCUGAAAACAUUAUUUUCGUCUUUUCUUCCUUUCUAUUGCUCUGAGAAGCAGAGUAAACUCGGUUCCCUUUCUUAAACGAUCGGCCAAUUUAGAGCCCACUAGAGUGUAAAGCACUUGUUCGGUAUCGGCAGACAAUCCGUUCUGCUCUGCUUGACAAUCAAACCGUCACUCUCCAGUCUUUCCUACUGUUGCAGUUUUACCAUCGUCUCAUCCCAGUGCAGAGAACAGAGCGCGUUAAAGACUAUUUUGGAUCUGAAAAAAGGUGGUUUAUUUUUCUAUAGAGAUGCAUUUGAUGUGCUCAAGUUGUGCAGUAUUAAAAGUGUCAGUAUUUAGAUGCCUUCUUGGAGGAAGACGUCCGGGUUUAGGAUUUGGCCCUCACCAAAGACACCAGACAAGAGCAUGUGAUUUGAGACAUUGUUGAUUUUGGAAGAAAGAAAAUUGUGGAACUUUCUAGGAAGUGCUCUUUGGAUUCUGUGGACCAGGACAUGUGAUGUUUGCUGUGCAUGCCACAUGCCCUUUUCACCUGUGUUUGGAUUUUAGUGGACUCCAUUUUAAAGGGAUAGUGCACCCAAAAAUGAAAGUUACGUCAUUAUUUACUCAACAUCAUGUCGGUCCAAACCUAUAUGGCUGUUAUUUGUUCCUUAGAGCACAAAAGAAGAAUUUUCAAAAAAUCUCCACACAGUUCUUUUCCAUACAACGACAGUUCUGUCAAGGACAAAAAGUCAUAAGUGUUCCAUAUGACUCAUAUGUUGCAUUCCAAGGCGCCAUACGAUAGUUGCUGUUAUUCACUGAUAAUCUUCCAGUUCAAAAAUGCCGUGCCGUACCAAGUUUAACAACAUUGAUGGCAAACGUUAUCGUUUCUUGUGCAUGUCUAAGCAAACACGAUGCACCAGUGAAAGUAUGUGGAAAGGAGAAUGAGAUUUUAGCGCUCUGGCAGAGGGGAAGAUUUUCAGUGAAUAACGACUUAAAGGGAAAUUUUACUGAAAAAUUACAAUUAUCUCAUGAUUUACUCACUCUCAUGCCAUCCCGGAUGUGUAUGACUUUCUGUCUUGCAGAACACAAACGAAGAUUUUUAGAAGAAUAUUUCAGCUCUGAAAUUUUGUAUGGUGUGGUGGUGGCGUAGUGGGCUAAAGCACAUAGGAAGGUUGCUGGUUCAGUCCCCACAGCCACCACCAUUGUGUCCUUGAGCAAGACACUUAACUCCAGGUUGCUCUGGGGGUAUUGUCCCUGUAAUACGUGCACUGUAAGUCACAAUUGUCUGCUAAAUGCAUAAAUGUAAUGUAAAAAUGUAGCUCUGUUGGUUGUUACAAUGCAGGUUAAUGGUUACCAGAACUUUGAAGCACGUAAAGGCAGCAUAAAAGUUCAUUUUAAGGUUUAAUCCAUGUCUUCAGAAAUGCUCAAAUUGAUUUUGGGUGAGAACAGACCAAAAUAUAACUUUUUUUCACUAUAAGUCUCCUUGGCGAUUAUGAUUUUCAUGAUGUUUGGACCUUCAGAGUUCUGGUCACCAUUCACUUGCAUUGUGAGGACCAACAGAGCUGAGAUAUUCUUUCUAAAAAUGUUCAUUUGUGUUCUGCAGAAGAAAAAAAAAGUCUACAUCUGGCAUGGCAUGAGGAUGAGUAAAUCAUGAGUUUUAAUUUUUGGGUGAACUAUCCCUUUAAUUUUCAGUCUUUCCUCACAGAAAACUAUCGAAUGACUUCAGAAGACUUGGAAUGUAGUGAACGAGUCAUUUAUACCUCUUUCAUGGCUUUUUAAUGGUGUUUUUUGUCCUAUUUGGAGCCUCAAUGUACGGUCAUUGUAUGGAAAAGAGCUGCGUGAACAUUCUACAAAAACUCUCCUUUUGUGUUCUACGGAAGAAACCAAGUAAUAUGAGAUUUAUAGCAACAUGAGGGUGAGUAAAUAGUGACAGAUGUUUUUUCUUGGUGAACUGUUGCUUUAAACCUGUAACUUGUUCUUCCUCUUUUGGUUUAACUGUAUAUUGUAAAUUAAUUUGUCUAUAUAUGAGACCCGUUUUCUCCUUAAUUGCCAGGUUUUCCCUCAUGCACUUUAUGUAUUUAGAGAUUGAAUUUCAUUUGAUAUUGAGAUUCUGAUUUCAGUCACGAGUUUGUAUAUUCACUCACAUGUAAAUGCACACAAGUUCACCUCCCCUUACUGGACACUACACCAAUAAACACUUGUCCUUGAAUGAAACACACACCAUCUCAAGUUCCACCCUUCUCAUUUAUACACAUACAUGCAUACAGUACAGAUUUGUUCCCAUGGCUUCUGCCCUUUCAUGGUCAAUAUUUUGCACGUGUUUUCAGUCAGACUGUGCUUUGAAUAUUAAUAAAUUUUAAUGUUCAUUU